AUGGUAUCGUACGCGGACGGUGUAACGUUCUUCUGCGGGCACCGUCACAUGGAUCAGACUGCGCAGCUCCUCUCGGAGUUCACGCGUGAUAUCGAAAACUUCUUCACCCAGCGCGGAAUGACGAUCUCGGCAGCCAAGUCGUCCGUCACUCUUUUCACGCUACACCCGAAGGAGCUCAAUCGUCACCUGACCAUCAUCGUCAACGGUGCGUCCUUACCACUCGUCCAUAAGCCGAAGCUCCUUGGCUUAUGUUUCGAUCCGCUUUCCACGUUCGCGAACUAUGCCAGGGAGGUCGCAAACAAAGUGAGCCGCUGCACAAUGGUCCUCAAGGCCCUAGCGGGCACAUCAUGGAGAAGCGCAAAAUAG